AUGUCUGCUGGGGAUAGCUUUCGUCGGGAGUUCGCAACAUGGAAACGGCUCUGCUUCAAUAUUGUAUGGUUUGGGAGCCAGAUUGGUCUAUUUGUCUAUGGAUGGUGGGCUCAGGCAACGAACCCCAAGUUGGCUCCUUUAAACAGUCUCAGGUUCUCUGUAUGGACUUCCCGAGGCGCUGGUCUUGUUCUCGCAUACGACGGUGGACUCAUCCUUCUUCCUAUGCUCCGCAACGUCAUAAGGCACCUGCGUCCAAAACUUGCUUGGUUGAUGCCCCUGGAUGAAAAUAUCUGGUUUCACCGUCAAGUAGCAUAUUCGAUGGCCUUCUGGGCUAUGGUUCAUACUACAGCCCACUAUGUCAACUUCGUGUGUAGCUCUCGAAUAUCUCUUCGACCGCAGCUCGCUCUCCAAAUUCAUUACACGCAAGCUGGUGGCAUCACAGGACAUUUCAUGCUUCUAAUAAUGGUUAUCAUGUACUCGACCGCCCAUCAUCGCAUCCGCACCCAAUGCUUUGAAGCAUUCUGGUACACGCAUCAUCUUGCAUUUUUCUUCAUGAUAGCUCUUUACACUCAUGCUACGGGCUGCUUUGUCCGAGACAGCCCGGAGCCGGAUUACAUUCGAAUGUUCCCAUUCUACUCGACAAAGCAUUGUCUUGGCUACGAGAGUUGGAGAUUCACCAUCUGGCCUGGCAUCAUAUAUUUUGGAGAGCGUGUAUACCGGGAAAUAAGGGCUCGGUGGGAGACUCAGUUGGAACGUGUACUGGUGCACCCAAGUGGUGCCAUGGAAUUGCGGAUCAGGAAGCCGAGUUUUAAGUAUACAGCCGGUCAAUGGCUGUUUAUUCAAGUUACCGAUGUGUCAAGGUGGCAAUGGCACCCUUUCACUAUUACAUCUGCUCCUGAAGAUCCAUACGUUUCAGUCCACAUCCGCCAGGUUGGUGACUGGACCCAAGCAUUGGGCGAACGCGUUGGUGUGGGACCAGAUAUUGUUGCCUCACUCACGAAAGCUGCUGUAGCUGGUUCUGAGAAGUCAAUGGAUUUCGACGACCUCGGCAUUCGGGGCGACUUUGUGGAGAUUGAUACUGCUGCAGGAUCGCGACUUCCUCUCGUACGCAUCGAUGGACCAUAUGGCGCUCCGGCUGAAGAUGUGUUCACAGCUGAGGUCGCUGUUCUCAUUGGUGCUGGAAUUGGCGUGACUCCUUUUGCCAGUAUUCUUAAGCAUAUCUGGUACCGCCAACGCAGAGGUAAUCUUGGCGCGCUCAAACGCGUUGAGUUUAUUUGGGUUGUUCGUGAUACGCCAAGCUUUGGUUGGUUCCAAACGCUUCUCUCGGAGGUUGAGGCGGCCCAGACCGAUCCCAAUUUCCUGCGCAUCUCUACCUACCUUACAGCGUCGCUGGACCAAUCGACAAUGUAUAACAUCAGUUUGAAUGAUGCUGGAUUCGAUCCUCUUACGCUCUUGAAGUCAAGAACUCUGUAUGGGCGCCCUGACUGGAAGUCGAUUUAUACAAGGCUCAGGAUGGCGAUUGAGUCUGGAGCGUAUUUUCCCGGAAGAGAGGCGAGUUUGAAGACCAGUGUAGUUACGUUCUUUUGUGGGCCCAGUGGUUUGGCAAAAGCCGUCCGGGCUCAGUCCGACGCAGCUUCGACAGAACACAUCACUUUCAGGUUUACAAAGGAGCACUUCUGA